UGUGACUCAGUUCAAGCGUAUUGGUCGCAUAUCCAAAGUUCUGAUCUGAUAACCAUCGGAUAUGCUAGGAAGUCGCCGACUAACGAGACAUGCGUCUCAAGAACCCGUCUGCUUCAACUCAUGAUCGAUAAAUUGUACUUCCGGGGCAAAUGUGAAGAAGUGUUUGUCAGUCCCUGCUGUCUGGUCCACCAACCGAUACUGGAACGGGAUUUCCCAAGGGCAAAGGAAAUUUUAGAGUCCCUGAAGGGUUGCCGAGGAGACAUCACCGAUCUCACAGCAAAGCUGCAUUGUACGCCGAAAGGGAUACGCCUAGUCAUCAUCGACUAUGCCGGACUGUCCACUUGUCCUCGAGAUAUCAGGAAGUUCCUGAAAACAUAUGAGAACGUUCAUGAAAUUGCCAUUGAUCAUGGAUGGUGGUUCGAGAUCUUUUCUCGCCAGGAAUUGCUUGAAACAAAGGCUCUCCAGAAAUUCAAAUGCCGCGAAAAAUAUGUACAGCGAUCACGAACUCCAAUAUGAAUUCACCACUCCAACUAUCAUUAUCCCAUCCUACUCACGGUGGACUUAUGAUCAAAACAAUAUCUGGUGAACGUGGGAUUU